GCUGGAGUCCCGAAUAUACCCAUUGUUACACAAAACAAUGGCGGCCAUGUCGCCUGGAAACCUGGUUGAAUGAGGACACUAUCUUCGUCACGCCUCUUUGGAACUCAACGACGAAGAAGACGCUGCCGAUUUCUCCUUAUUCAGAUCAUUCCAUAACGACGUGUCUCCUAUAGCCACCGGAGACCAUACACCGGUGAUUGUUCUUGGAGAAUCCGACGCUUCGCCCUGCGGUUUCCCUUUUGAGUGGGGAGGAAUGGAGGCGGCGUCAUCGGUAGAUGUUCUUGGUCUGGGGGUAUGCCGAGAGCUGCUGAUUGAUAUGCUGUUUUAUGAUCGUCGUCCGUUAGGUUUCAAAUCCAAGCCUACUUCUAUCGGAAACGAAAAUUGAAGGCUUCUCUUGACUGGAAUGGGAAAAAUGUAAUGAAGAAAGUAACGGUCUAUAAAAUGCAUCUAUUUAAUAGGAGGAUUUCAAGUCAAAGUUUGAAACCCUAAGAGCCCUAAAAGCUCUUAAUCUGAGAGAUAGGCAACAAAUCCUAAGAGAGGAGGUUGCAAGUUAGCAGGCUCCGCUUCAUUCAGAUAUCAGAUUGAUGGCACACAAGAUCAAUGUUCAACUUCCAGUACAAUUUGAAGACUUGUAUGUUCUUUCAUUUGGGAAAAUCAUUGCAAGCCCAUUAUACUACGUACGGUGGCAAUUAUAUUUUGCCAAUUGGGGUCCAGUUGCUCAAAAUCACCUAAUUCCAAAAAAAAAUUAAAAAAAUUAAAAUAAAGGACGUGGAGCCUUUUCCUGUUGGGAGUCUCAUUUCCUCAAGGCUAUCUUCUCAUGCAACAGGCGACCUUCUUCAGGUGUAUGAGUUCAUAUGUCGUUUUCAAGAAGUUCUUGAAGUGGAAGAAGAUUGUUUAUCAUAUGAAGAUCUUGAAAAGGAGCUUCUUACACCAUGGCCUGUUACAUAUGGAUACGGGGCAGGGGUAUUUCUGGAAUCAGUAGAAAUGAAUUGUGUUAAACAUAAGGUUGACAAGCUGACUACUGUCCGCCUGUGUAGGCUAGUUACUAAGCUCCUGAAAAAAAUAGAUAACGUGUUAACCAUAACCAAUGAUGCUGAAGAUACAAAGGACAAGGGUAAAAAGAUAAAAUUAGAAAUGUUUCCGAUUAAUCUGCUGACGUGGCCAAAAGUGGCUAGAAGAUAUAUCUUGGCUUUUCGCUUGUUAAUGGGUGGUGAAAUCAAUUCUCUAGACACUACUGUUGGUAAUAACACUAAGCUCAUUCGAUGUAUGCAAGGCGAUGAUGGUAUUUUCUCUGGAUCGCCAUCUGGCGUUGCAGGUGCUGAUGUGGAUGCACAGGUGGGAAGCAGAUUUUAGUAUUCCAGAGUGGGCGAAAGUGCUUGAUCCUGUUAGAAAGCUGCCUCCAAAUGUGGGAUCCCGAAUUCGGAACUGUGUGCGUGAAUCUUUAAAGAAAAACCCACCCGAAUGGGCAAAGAAGCUUCUGGAAGCUUCCAUUUCAAAAGACAUGUACAAGGGCAAUGCAUCCGGGCCCACUAAGAGAGCCGUAAUCAAUGUUUUAAAAAAAACAUUUCCUGAGGAUGUUAAGGAGGUGUGGAUUAACUUACGCAGGAAAUUUGGAUUGGUGGAUAAAAUGUCACGUAAAUUUAAAUUAUUAUAUGAAAAGGAGGUAGGGACUCUGUUUAGGAGAUUUUAUGAAAAUAACAUGAACAGAAAACCUGUUGAGGAAAUAGGUAAGGAGCUUGAAGAGAUUCUAACUUCAACUGAAAUACCCGAAGUACCCUGGGAAACAGGAAUCGGUAAUCAGGACAACGACGCAGGAAGCUCUUGA